AUGGACGCAGCUACAAGUGAAAACAAGUUAAAAAGGAUUGCACAACUGAGAGCACAGCAAUUUAAGAUCAGAGAGGAAUGUAUCACCAGAGCAAGAAGCCCAGCUGGGCAGCCUGUGGCUUAUCAGAAAGUGAAGGAAAAAUCUAAUAUCAACAGGCGUUCUCGUGUGAUGUCAGAUCCAGACAUACCAGGCUCUCUUGUGAUAUUAAACGCCAAAGGAUUAUUUCAAGGAAAGAAUGGUAAUGUAUCUGUGAGUAAUCAGGAAAGACAUUGUAAGUCUGUUAGCAAGAUGGAUAGAGGCACCACAAACAGGCCUGUAUUUUGUGAUCCCUCAAUUAGCAGCAAGGAAUCAAAAGUGAGUGACCUGAAGAAGAGGUUUGAAGCUGUUUGUCAGCAUGAUAUUGAAAGAGACAAAUUAAAGAUUGAGGGUGAAUUUUUGAAUCCAUUACACAAGAUAAAUCAGCGCUCAAACACAAGUGGCAAAUCAAGGGAUGUUCGGAGAAACCUUAAGGAAGUUUCCAGUGGUGAGUUUGAUUCUCCAAGGGAUAAAGGAGUGACUGAAACUGAUUUGGCAAAUCCUUUGCAGAAAGCUAGUCAGGGAUUUGCUUCAGUGACUGUCAACAAAUCAAAGAAACCUGUUCAGAAGGACACUGAAAAGCCCCUCACAAGUGAAGCCAAGGAAUGUGACAGUUUAAAAGACAAAGAUAAAGGUGAUCUUUCAAACUCAAAUCCUCUGGACAAAGUUAAUGAGGUUUUGGUUUCAAGAACUGAUCAGAAAUCAAAGGCAAAUAUACAGAAAAAGCUUGAAAAUGUUCUUCAUUCCACUGAUGUGUUGAUUAAAAAAUCGACUUCACCUCCAAAUGCAAAUGCUGUCAUUGCUGAGCCUGUUUCAGCAGAACAGUUGACAGAGUUAGAAAUGAAGAAGAAACCGCCAGAUAGACCUCCACCAAGACCCCCAAAGAAAGAUCCUUUAAAACGUGUGAAGAGUGAAUCUAACCCCAUGCCACUAAGUGAAAAUCACGAAGGAACAACAAAUCUGCAUGUUCAAGAAGGAGAGAGUAUGGAGGAGAUAAUUCAGAAUGAAAAUGAGGUUCUACAGCGGAGGUCAGAAAGUGAAGGUAUUGUGAAUGGUAACAAUGAAAUUAAUAGCAAUGAUGAAAAUGGUGAUGAUGAUGAUGAAGACGACAAUGAAUGGGACACCGACUUUGAUGACGACAUUGACGAUGAGGAAGAGGAUAGAAUAAAGCGGGAUUCUCAGUCGAGCCAAGAGAGUUCAGGCGAUGGAGAAUCUCUUGUAAGUUAAAUGUGUCAUUUUGAUUUACAGCAGUUCAAUUGAAUUACAGUUUUAAAUGCUUGCAUGGUGAUACAGUGUAACAUUAUUUAAUAAAUAUUUUAAAGUACAUUACUCUGCAAAAUCAAGCUGCAGUAAUGGUUGGAGGUGUGAAUUAUAUAUGACGUAGGUCAAAAUGAAGCUCAGGUUACAAUGGCUUGAACCUAGUUUAAUUCUCACUUUCAUUUGUGUUUCUAACCCGCAUUACUCAUUAUUGUGAAAAAUGUUAGGGUCGCUAGACAAACGAAAGUGAGAAUCAGCUUAGGUUGAAACCAUUUUAACCUAGAUUUCAUUUUGGCCUACAAUAUGUAUAAUGAAAAACUGAUGUUCAACUGAAGUUAAGAGCAAACCUAUACCUAUACCCAGGUAAUCUAUAAAUUCAUGAUGGGUUUGAAUGUAUUUACAUGUUAUAUAAAUUAUGUUUUGGUUAAAAUAUUUUAACCACUGAGGUGGGAUUUUAUUUAUUGAUUUAUUCUUAACUUUAACUCUGUGUUCCUGAGAUUUAACCAAUACAAAAAUAUGUAGGUCCUGCUGAUUUUUUUUUAAUAAUUUGUAAAACCAAAAACACUGCAUAUAUGUAAGAAAGCAUAGUAUAUCCAUUGUUAUUGUAAAUUUCUUUAUUCAUUGUUCUUAUUGCUCUAUUUGUUCUCUAAUUCUUGAUAAUUUGACUUCAUUUAUUUUGACCUCACUCUAAGUGUGUAUAAAUGUUUAAUCUAAAGUGUGUUAAUGUAAUAUGCAAUGAAGUUGUUUUACAAUAUUAGUGUCUGGUGACGGGUUCUGGCACUUUUUGGCCUUGAGGAGGCUAGAAAAUUAAGGGUUUUAACUGUUAAAACUAGAAAUACAUAUCUUGCAAUAACUUAAAUUUCAAGAUCACUAUGGAUUUCACAGGUUCCGAGCUCUGGGCUCCUAUAGUGAGUUAUUUUUCCAAGAGCACAGCUGUGCUGAUUUGCAAUAAAAUAUAGAACACCCGAGUUUUAAAUGCUAUCAUGCAUAGCUGUUAUUCAGAAUGUGAGAGGUCAUCCAUACUACUUGUAAUGAUGAUCCUGCCCUUCACUCAUAAGCUGCUUAAGAUGAGUUUUUUUUAUCUUCAACAGCAACAGAAAAGGGUUAAUAAUAGCAGUUGAAUUAAAGUACUUUUACAAGAUCAAUAUCACGGCUGUACUCUAUCAGCGCCUGGUGGCCCCUGGUGCCUAACUUUUGCUCCCAGGCGACUAGAAAAUCUUAGUUUUUUUUAUACAAAUCAUAUGAUGGGCACCCUAGAUUUUACACUGCAGUUUCAGAGCACCGGUCUCCCUUUUAUUUUCCAUACAGCAGAGCGUUGAAUGUUACACUCCAUGUGGCUGCAUUGUCAUGUUGCAGCUCCCUUUCACCGUGCAAUCAGCUCUGACUGAUAACCCUUUAAGUCCCAAUGGUGACCAACUUCAAUUUUCUCCCAACAAUAUUCAUACCUUGUCAGGAGAUUAGGUUAUGAGAAUUUAUGAAAUGAUCACAAAAGAGAAAAAUAAAAAUGCUUUGAUCUGCCAUUAAAUUCUCUCAACUAAUUCUUAAAGGAAAUGUAUGGAGAUCAGUUUGGAGAAUUUGUAUGUGGAUAUUGGGGCUUAAAGAGAUAAUGGUGUAUAUUUGCCCUCUUUCCUGCCUCACUAUAUCAGAAGCUUUGUAUUACUGGUCACUAUGGCAACAUUAAAAGCAUGUGGCAUAUGUUCUUUAAUGUGCUACUCCAACUUGUGAUGCACCAGAGUAGAAAAUUUUCAGGAGAAAUGUUGUAGUUCAAAGUUAUUUUAUUAUCAUUGCCAUACUUGAAUGGACCAAUAUUCAAUAUUCAUAUUGGUUUUUUAAAAAGUCAUUCAAUUUAUAUUGUAGUCUUUGUGGUUUGAUAUCUUGUAUUAUCGCUGGGAUUGAGCACUAUGUUUACAAAUGAACAAAUGUUGACAAAACAAAGAAGCUAAGUUUAUAGGUCCUUUUAUGGAUGUUUACUUGUGUACUCUCCUAAAGUACAGCAUUUAAAUGGCUAGUUGGAUUUGUGGAUUUAAAAUAAUCUUAUUAUAAUGAAUCUAGUAGCAAUUUAUUUGAGAACAUUAUUAGUAUUGAUAUGUAAAUUAAAAGAGUUCGUGAUAUUUUUUUCACUGUUAGUUUUGAAGAUAUUAUAUGUCACGUCAUUGACAUAGUCAGUUUUAAAUCAUUUCUUUAAUACUUCUUUUUAUUAAUGUAUCUUGCAACUUUUUUGCUAGGAAUUUCCAGAUGCCAUAUCCAAGAAACUCUACAAUAUUGCAUCAGAAAUUCUCACCACAGAAAGAGCGUAAGAGCCAUCUUUAUCACAUUUGGGGGAAAUUUAAGUAGCAACCUCUUAUUUUUUAUUUCAUUUUAUUUAUUUAUUUUUUUAACAUGAGACAUAUCUCUAACAGCCUUGCACCAUUUUAGGCAGACAAAUUAACCAGAAAAGUUGUUGGACAUACUUAUAUUGACUUUAAAUUUCUUUAAUUACUUUGCAUAUCUUUCACUACAAAUUGAGAAUUUUUAGUAUUUGAACAGACAUCAUGUCCAACUGCAGGCAAGAUUUAGUCAGACAGGAUUGUCGCUAAGAUUUCGAGUUGCCGGGUAAAUACAACAAGUAGGUGGAGAAUCAAACACCGAGGGGUUUCUUUUGGUUCUAAUUUUCUUCUAUUUUCCAAUAAAAGUAGCCUGGGGCCACACUCAUAGUCGCCGGGGGAAAUCCCCGGCCCCCGGCUCUUAAUGACAGCCCUGGUCAGACAUGGGCAUUUUAGCAAAUCAUUGUCCAUUGACUGACAUGUCAGUUAUUUGCAGCUCUGUGGUUGUGCGUACUGUUUAUAAUCUUGCUUUAUCUAACAGGUACGUCCGAAGACUAAAUCUCUUAGAUCAGGUAAGAAUUAUACACAAUUCCCCUUUUAAGUUAUUGUUUUACUUUUGCUAUUUAGCGUAAAAAUUAUUAAUAUUUUCUGGAAGGCCUAAACAGGCCAUUUUCCCUUCCUCAGCUUAAUUAUGGGAAAGGAAGGAGUUGGAGUCUGAGUUGUAAUCAAGCAUAGUUCUAACUUUACGAUCUAGUGAAAACAGCAUUCUGAUUCUGCUUACGAAUCUGUCAUUUAUGAUCAAGUGAAAACUAGGUUGUCGGAGUCACAAGCAGAAGCAGAAGAACGAAACCAAGCACAAAGCGUGAGAAUGUGCAUUGUGAUUGGUUUAUUCUUCCGCUUCUGCUUCUGACUGUGACAACCUGUUUUUCACUAGAUUGUAAGCAACGGAGUCAUAAGCAGAGUUGGAAGAAAAUGGAAAAGAUUUGAUUCUUCCUAGUCCGAUUCCGUCACACUCUGCUUACGACUCAGAUUUUUUAUUUUCACUGAGUCAUAAGCGCUCUUACGACUCCGCUUACAACUCUGACUCCGUAAACCCUUCAUAGCCUUCUCAUAGGUGUGAGUGGUGAGAGGGGGAACACAUCAGACUUACCAACACAUUUGACUAACAUUCAUGCGAUUCUUUUUGUCAGGUGUUUUACAUGAGACUUAACAAUGAAUGUUGUGCCAAAGGAGUUAUACCAUUGGAAGCUUUAAAUGAUAUUUUCUCAAACAUCCAAGCAAUUCAUCAACUCCACAGAGAUUUUCUCUUGCCAAAACUGGAAGGAAGGAUGAAAGAAUGGUAAGAUUGUUUACCUCAAACACUUGUUUGAAGCUCCCAAUGUUACGAGCACCAAUUUUGGUUCAACAGGCAUCCACCUGGCUGUAGCCAAGCUUCAAUGUAACCAGAUCAGACAAAAAUGUCAGCGUUAAAACUAUUAGUGCGUGAGCAUGCAGUAAAAGUUGCUGAUUGCGUUUCUUACAUUAUGAUUGUAACAUGGCUGAAAAAAAAUAUAGUAAACUUGCCUGGUGAUAUGAGUGAUGGUGUUACUUAAUUGUUUACAGGUAAACAAAGAAAAGGUUAUGGCAAAGAUAAAUCACAUUUCACCUGUUGAAAUGUCAUCUGCAUUCUAUUGUCUUAGCAGGGUUGUCAGAAAAUUUUGAAGUAGACGGCUGAGUUGUCAAAGUAAGCGGCCAGUCCGGGGAUAUUUUAUUGUAAAAACGCCAUCCAUAAAGAACUGCCAAAUACCAAUAGUAGGCGGCGAUUUUCGCUGACAGCCGACUUCUUUUGACAACCCUGGUCUUAGAUUAUUUUACUUGACUUCAGAAAGAUCCAAAUUAGACUUCUUAAAUAUCACUGUAUAAUAUGAUUUUUCCAAAGGUCAACAAACAACCAGAUUGGAGACAUACUCAAAGGCCUUGCUCCUUUCUUGAAGGUAAGUUUUACUUGUGGUUAAAGUGUAGUAAGUGUAACAUUAAACUUCUUUACAGUAUUAUUGUCUUGUUUUCCAUUAUUGUCGUGUAGUUAAACUCAUCGUCAAUGGAUGAGCUUUCAAACCCCAAGUGUUUAGGUAGCUAGAUUAUUGAGAUGGUAACCAUAGCAAGCAAGUAAGCUGGAACCCUUGUAAGUGGACUCACAAGGCAACAACACGCUGGCAAGUCAGUGGAAUAAUACUCAUCUGUGCCAAACAAUGAUUACUUAUGACCAAGACAGGGCAAUGGUGGGUGGGUGGGUGAGGGGAAAGUGCGAGAAUCAGUGCUUGAUCUGCAAAGACCAGUGGAACUUGUCAGAACAAAGUGGAGGCCAGGCCACUUACUCAGUGCAAAUCAUGUGCUCUUCCACUGUACGCAAUGAUUUAAGUUUAACUUUACCCAAGAUUGCCUCUUGCACAUCUUACGUAUGGCUAGCCUAGCCUGAAUUACUAGCAGGGAGUAGACAGGGUACUAGGGAGUGUCCCCACCCGUGUUUUCCCACCCUCCCAAAGAAAGACUCUUUCUGCCAUGCAUUUGUGUAAUACUUUUGUUAAAAAUAAGAAAAUAUUAAUCUUCUCUUUUUGUUUUUCUUCAGAUGUAUACACUUUAUGUUGGGAACUUUGACAAAGCAACAGAAGCCUUGUCAACCUGGACCAAGAAAUCGCCAGCCAUGGCAGCUGUGAUUGAAGAAAUUCAAGUAAGCUUUUCAUUUUUUUCCUGCAUAAGUCUUAACUGUCGUACUAUAAAAAAGUUGUUAAUAAUCAGAACUAGUUAUUUAUUAGCUCAGUCGGUAGAGCACUCGACUACAACGCGGGAGGUUGUGGAUUCGAUUACCGGGGACCGGACCAAUACUCUUAGUCUUAAAAUAACUGAGAAAUGAAGGCACUGCCUUUAACCUAAAAACAGCUAGACCUUCGCGCGGCUCGGAUCGUAAAAUGGCCGUCUUAAAAAUAUUGUCCUCAAUUAGUAGUUUAUUGCUAAAUACAUUGACCCUUGAAUAAACUGCAUUUUUUAACAUUUUAGAAAAGCAAGGAGUGUGAAAAUCUUACUCUCCAGCAUCACAUGUUAGAGCCAGUUCAGCGAGUUCCUCGUUACCAGCUGCUAUUAAAAGGUUAGUUUGGGGCAGGUAUCUUGAACAGGUCACUGUUUUACAAACAAAUAAAUAAACAAGACCAGAAGUGUCUCCUAGACUGAAUCCCUAUUCAUUUUUUGUUCUUUAUGGAGAGGAAACUAUGUGGUUUAGUUGAUUAACUAAAAAAAGUGACCUGUUAUCGUGGCCUAUGGAAUGUGACCCGUACACACAAAAGAAUGCUCUCCGUUAGUUUUUCCGACAAACCACCAAUUUCGUUUGUGCAUGAAAAAUUGCAUUCGUGGUCCGAUACAGGGUAAGAGACCCAGGGGUUUGCCAACUUCUAGACAUUAGCAGAGUAUUCCUCUAAAAGAAGUAUGUAGCUGCUCUGGAGAAAAGGGCGAGUGCACUUUAGACCUGGCAAAUCUGACAGUUGUCAGAAAUUAUAUCUCGAACGUCGAGCUGACGUUCUUCUUUUCUCUUUCCUCUGUCCGAGGCUAGCCUCCCUCGCAGUUUCUUUUUAAGAGAAGAAUUGGGCAGGUGGUAGUAUUGAAAUAUAGCUUUCUAAAAACGACUGGCAGGGAGCUUCAGGAUCGUUUGCUUUGUGUACAUUUUUCGCCUUCCAUUUCUUGAUUUUAUUACCUGUAGGUCAAUAGGCCAUCUCCGAGUUCUUAAAACUCUUACUUUCAAAACAAGGCGAAGCGUAAAAACUUUCUUAUGAGGAGUUUAAUUUGCGGUAGAAUAAAAAUUCAUUUUCAUAUCAUUGGCUUCGCACUUAGCCUCGCUUUGAAACAGAGACUUGGGGCAACUCAGAAAUAGCCUUUUGGACACAUGAGCAGUCGAAGCAAGAGUAACCGCGGUUCAGCAUAGAUUUGACCUUUAUUUCUUAAAUAAAAUUUUUGCACCAGAAAAACGUUUCAAAAAAGGGUGUUUGGCCAGCUUGUUACGCGAAAGAAUCUUACAGUAUGGCCAUUCAAAUCAAACCUCUUAUUCAGCACUGAAUACUUUACGUGGUUGUUAUAUUGAAAAUGGAUUUUGUGGUUUUUCGUGAAAUUUGACUGGAGAAUCGAAGCUACAACUUUUAUUUCCUCUUAGAUUACCUCUCAAAACUUCCAGCAGAUUCUGGGGACUUGAAGAAUACCUCAGGUAUGUAGUAAAUAUUUCCGUUAAACACAUAAACCUUGUUGUGUUCUUUGCUCCCUCGGCUUAAAUGCUUGCGGGCCUCUUUGCUCUGCUAACAAUGUAUGAACUUUGGUUACUGUGAUCUUUUUAGAUGCACUGGAAAUAAUCGCCGAGUCAGCUAGACAUGCCAACGACAGCAUGAAAAAAACGGUAAAUGAAUAAACCAUGAAUAAUAUUGUUUCAUUCUAAGCGUAAUCCCUCCUCUUGUUCAUUUUUUAGGGCGCGUUCAAUUGAUACGGUUGACGAGAUAUUUAAACAAAUUUUCCGCGUAUUCUUAUUCGGGAAUACAAUACGCCAGUCAGAGGAACGAGCCCUUAAUAUGUUUUGAGCCUAGUUAAGUGUAUCUAUUGAUUAAAAAACCCAAUGAAAAAAGUCUUCAUUAUCCUUUUAAAAACAAUCCAGGUUACCCAAGUCUCAACUCUGCUAUUAAAUUUACUCACUAAAGUGUAUUUCCCUUGUGAAAACAGGAACGAUUCAAGAUUCUUUUGGAAAUUCAGGAAAGAAUAGGAGAUGAUUAUCCUCUUAUAACGGCAAGCCGGGUUAGUACCUAUCAAACCAAAAUUGCUACGUCCAGUGAACUUAGCUUGCAUUUAAAGAAAGUGGCUCUUUAAGUUGCUGCAUGUUUGAAUUGUAUUAUUAUCAUUAUCAUUAUCAUUAUCAGCAUCUUCAUUAUUAUUAUUAUUAUUAUUAUUAUUAUUAUUAUUAUUAUUAUUAUUAUUAAUAUCAGCUUAACUUCCCAUGUUACCUUGCCCACUGGCAAACGAAGAUAAAAUCUCUGUAGGGCACUCAACACAUAAAGUCAUAAGUGCGCCGCAACCAGCGCUGAAAGAGUGAAUUGGGACAAGCAACGACUUUGAAUUAAAUUGUUUUCGUUGUUUUUCCUGUCUAGGAAUUAGUCAUGGAGGGAGAAUUCAGAAAGGUAGCUGCAAGGACAACUGAUAGUCAUCAAGAAAGAACUCUUAUGCUGGUGAGCGCUAGUUAACAAAUCGACCACAAUUUUACAUGGUCUACACUCUUAUAGACCAUAGAAAUGACGUCAUAAAAUGUUCAAAACUCAAGUGGAACCACGACCCGCUUUUUGUAGAAGAGCAAAAAACAUCUAUGUUAAGUCAAUUUCUGACAAGACACGCAAGUAGUAGCCCCGUCAUGUUUGUCACCCUCAAGCGUUUUGCCGUCCUCUUCUUUCUGCCUUCCUGUUCCGUUAAGUCACUAUUGUGUCGUGACCUUGAAGUAGGCAAAGACAGUGUGCGCUGAUGAAAAAAAGAAUUCCAGCCAUAACAACUUUUUCGUUUGCAUUCCUUAGUUCAAUGACGUUCUUCUUUGCUGUGCCAAGUUUCCUGGAACAAACAGAUAUAAAGUGAAAGUGGAGAUGGACUUGUAUGGAAUGGAGGUGGACUCUGUAGAUGAAGAGAUUGAGGUGGAAAAUGCUUUUCGCAUCACCAGCAAGCAAAGGGUGAUGGACUUCACCGCAGCAUCCGGUGACGCAAAGUGGACAUUCAUAAACAAAAUUGAAGAGACAAUAAACGAGCUUACCAUAAAACGAGAAAGCUAUCGAAGGGGGAGCAAGAUCGAAGUCAUUCAAGAGGGGGACUUGGGCAAGAAGGCGCCGGCCUGGGUACGAGACGAAGCAGUGAGCAUGUGCAUGCUAUGUGACGUUUUGUUCACAAAGUUUCGGCGGCGACACCACUGUCGCGCCUGUGGGAGGGUGGUCUGUGGACAUUGCUCGAGCUUCAAAGCCGCUCUGGAAUACAAAAAGGGAAAGUUGGAGAAAGUCUGCCAGUGUUGUCAUAAAGUUCUUGUGACAGGUUCCAGCGAAGAGAAAGCUAAGGAAGCCGUGGCAAAAGGAAACAGUAUACUUAAAAUCGGUAACGCGAAUAUUUGGCAAAGUGGAUAUUUAAACUUUAAAGUUAAAGGUGACAAAGGAUGGCAAAAGCGGUGGUUUGUCCUGACGAGUGAAUUUGUUCUGCUCCGUUACAAAGCAAAGAAGGUAAGGUUCUAGACUAUUAUCUUAAAUAUCAUAAGCGCCAUUUGCAUUACGUAAACAUUUUUUCACAUGUGCAUAAGUUGAAGCAAGGAGUGGUAUGCUCCAUAGCAGCUCCCUUUCGUAAGAUCGUCAGGAUCGAGCGCUCACUGGUACUAGACUGCGAGCAGUCUCUUAUUUUUCUUUUCAAAGUUGCUGCACGCGAAACCCACGCGCGCGAACCGCGAUAAUCCUUUAAUGUGACAUAACGUCGCGGUUUGCAUUUGCGCCGGCUGAGAUAAGAACUAGACGGAUUUUAAGAGAAAAGGCGGGCUGCAAGCAGUCUAACUGAUACGGGCGGCCGUCUUGGUUUCGUACAUUCAUCCAAGAUGGCCGCCCGUGAAUCAAGGCUCUCGAUCUCGAUGAUCUCACGAGAAAAAAGGAGUCUGAACAGCGUAACCCCUACCCUGCUUCCUCAUCGCCCCCCCACCCAGCCCCGCCACAAAUUUGCACAAUUUAAACUUGCGCUUCGGACUCGAAAUAGGCUAAUCAACAGCUUUCAACUAUAUAUCACUCGUUAAGGAGGCCGUGACUCUCCUUUUCAUUAAAGAAAAAUUCUUCUAAAAACUCAUGGCAAAAAUUUAUCGUCGUGAGCCAUUAGUUUGGAUCAUCCGUGACGUCAGUCCUACCAACUUGGCGGGAAAUUCAAGUGGCCGGAAUGUUAAACGUUUUGCCAGUUUCUUUCUUUUAAAAUGACCCCGCUAAUGCUUUUAUAGUUUAACCAGUGUAAUUUUUUUUAUUUCUUGACACAGGACAGUAAAGCAGAAUCAAACCUGCCUCUUCCAGGUUACACUGUUGACAAACCUACUUUGGUAAGUAGAUAAGUUAGUUUUGUGGUUGGUUGGUAGGCAAAGUCUCGAGAGACAAUGCUUGUGCGCCCUUGUCAAUCCGUGGCGCUGCUGCAACAUCUUGUGCGACUGCAGUGUAGGCCAAUGCGCGAGGGGCAGUCCCUUCUGCACACGGCGCAGAUGAAGUUGAAGGCGGGGAGAGUUUUUGCGGCGAGCGCGCUUCUCUUCCGCUUUCUGGUGACGUUUCUCCAGUUUGAAUAGCUGCCUUUAUUCAGUAACGUGUACAUAGAGUCAGUUCAGCGAUUUACCCUGACGCUAACUGUAUAGCAAUGUGGCGUAUGACCCACAACCUUAAGAUAGGUUUUCUGAAUUUCCUUCAAGGCUGACGAAGUGGACCGCAAAAAUGUGUUUAAGAUGCAUCAUAAGAAUCUCAGGGUUCAUUUUUUUCAAGCAGAAAGCGAAGAAAGUCUGAUCAGGUAUGUACUUUAUUAUAUUUUUAUUUUAUUAGCUUCGCCGAAGGAACAAACAAAAAAACCAUACAACGUAAUUUAACUAAAGAGGGGGGUCGCCAGGGACACCACAACAGAAUAAAAAGAGUUAGCCUGCGUAGCAGGCCCUUGGAGGUAGUGGGUGAAAGAGAGAACGGGCGCGCGCGAGGGAGACACGCGUGUCUCCUUCUCGCGUGCGUUCUCUUUUUCGCCCACUACUUCCAAGCGCCUGCUACGCCGGCUAAAAAAGAGUUUGAAAUGUUAAGAACGACAAAAUACAAGAAAAGAGACUAACUACAUACUACAAACGAUCGUACGAGAUAGCGGACGAACACCAUUACAUUUUAAACAAACAGUCUUAAACGUAGGCGGGUCAUCGCCGUCAAAAGAAGUGGCCAAUAGGGAGCUUAAGCAACAACGUUUUUGAGCGACGCACGUCAACCGGAAGUGGCCUUUUUUCAUUUUUUAACGGUGGUUUCGCGCAAAUUUUCAGUCAAAUCGCCCUUAUAACAGUAAAGAAGCUAAGGAAUACAAAUUUUAUAUCAUCAAGGCAUGUUAAGAGGGAAAAUACCUCACUUCCGGUUGACGUGCGUCGCUCAAAAACGUCGCUGCUUAAGCUCCCUAAUAAGCGAUUUAAAUAACGACAAACUCGGCACCGUCUGAUAUUGCUCUUGGAAAUCGUGCAUUGCGCGCCCAAAGUUAUCUGCUAGCAGAUAACUACAGUCGACUCCCGAUAACUCAAACCGUCUCGGGAAAUCGAAAAAAGUUCAAGUUAUCGGGAGUUUGAAACAAAUAACCGGAAAUAAGAAAAUAAGUAACUGGAUGGGAGAGAAUGCAAGAAAAAGCAACGAAGUAUACAGGAAUGGAAACUGAAUUUGAACUGGAGUGACAAUAAAAUAAAGUCAAAGAAUUGACACGGUUGAAAAUGUCUCGGACUUCAGCACACGGUUUUUUUUCCUGGCUUGUCACGCGCUUAUAACGCGGUUCGAGUUAUGGAAAAAUCAUAUAGAAACGAUCUGAAGGGAAACAAAAAUUACUUCGUAGUUAGCUAGGGUUCGCAUUACCGAGGGUAAAAUAACAGUAAAUGUAUGAAGGAAAUCCAGGAGAAAUCGACUUUGGUUCGAGUUAGCUCGAGGUUCGAGUUAGCGAGGGUUCGAGUUAUCGGGAAUCGAUUGUAUCUAACCUGUAGGUUGCGCUGAUUUCCAAAAUUAACUGUAGGCUUUUAGCCAAUAGGAAGAUAGAUAGUGAGUGCAAUGUAUAAUAACCUCAAUAAUUAUUCGCUGUUUCGUUAGGUGGAUGGAACUGCUAACACAGGCGACCAGGGCUGAAGAGAUUGACGUCAACAUGCUGCAAGUCAAGAAGAAAUAUGAACGAUCAAACAGCAGUUAAUGUCACACUUUACGUGGAUGGAUGCUUAAAGAUAUUCAAAGGAUACCGAGUUGAGUCCGCAAAUAGAAGUUUCAUAUCUACAAACGGCUACACGGGGAGCAAAGAAGUUAGGUUUAAACUCAGUUCUCUUGUGGCGCUAUUGUACAUGUGGCUGUACCAGCCCGUGUGAACACAACCUUUUUCCCUUUUUCUCCAUAAAGGAGUCCGGUCCCAGGCUAUAGGUCGAUAAAUGAGCGGUGGUAGUGUCAUGUGAUCGUGUUUCCAGUCUGGUCGGGCUAUCAUUGAAUAGGUCUCAGACUACAGGAGCGAUUGUCACACGAAUGACGUCGAACGAGGAGCAAAGCUAGAUGCUGAGGAGCCUGUAAAACAGGCGCCAUUUUGUCGCGUUUUUGUAGGCGAGCGAGGAGCGCCAGACUUGCGCGACCUGCCUUGCCCCGUUUGCGCGUCUCUGGUGCUCCUCGUUUCUCUGAAAAACGCAGAAAACUAACGCCUGAUCUGCAGGCUAAAUGCCGAGAAAAGCAAGACUAAUAAGAGCCUAUGGUCGCUUUUGAUUAGCGGUCAAUAAUUUUCAAAUCAAAAAGGCCCUCAAAGGGCUCGUUCAUCACACAAAAAUUAACUUAGGUUAGACCCUAGUAAGUAGGGUGAACUAUGUUUAGAAGGAGACUUUUUGGUGAACAAAUCUUAGGAUUGCAUUUUUAAAGUUAUAAAAUUCUUUUCCGCGUCGGAUGACGCUACAAUUGGUUACGUUUAGACGUUCAAAAACUGAAGUAGCUCUGAAAUCAAGUGUCAAACAUGAAUCCAGACUUCUGCUCACAGUGAUCCUAUUUAUUUUCCCUUCAGUCACUAAAUGACACUAUUUUGAGAUGACUGUGGAAAUCUGUCAGAUUAGGUUGAGUGAACACUCCAAAUCUUUGUUUUUUGUUCUACGUGGAACGUUAUUCGUCAUUUGCAUAUCUCCCGUAAUACACCUCCCCCCCCCUCCCCCCCCGCCCCAAGUUUUGCGUACAGCCGUCCCAAGAGAAACUGAAAACAAUGCUUAUGCAAAAUUUUGGGUGGCAAACAAUAUGUAUUUUGCGAGAUAUGCAAGUGUCAAAUACCAAUUUGGUGUGAUGGGUCCCCUGUUUGUUCAACUUGUUCUUUCCGGUUUCUAGCAAGAAAACUAGAGGAUUUUCGAAUUGGAACCGUUGGGUUCUACCAGUAUGUACAAAUGAGUGACUGUUGGAGACAACCCUGCUAUCAAAGCCUUUCUUCCCUUGCUUGAUUUUGAGGUACUCAAUCAGGAAAACAAAAGGAGACUCUGGUUACAGGAAGGAUGGAGGCUACCCUUGAGUGGUAAAGACGUCACUGAUCUUAAUUAACUUCAUUUCGGUAAAAAAAAUCCACUCAUCUAGACCUUAUGCUUGGUCACUAGCACAUUGUUAUGUUUAUCAUAUGUGAGACGAUUAGUUAUUUUUAAACCUUGAGUGUUGUUCUUAUCAUGAAUCAAAGCUUGAUACCCAACCAACAUCUGUUAUACACAUCCGGGUGAUUGGGCUGUUUUGGAAUAGCACUGGCUAUAAAUAGAAUUCGCAAGAUUUCCAAGUGUGGUUUUGGCUGGUCAGAAUGGCAGCACCUAGUAGCUUGGUAAAGUGUUGCUUAGCAAACAUUCAAUCCUUUCGUACAUCAAAAUCGAGCAAGCGAAAGAAAGGUUCUGGAUGAAGAGUGGUUGGAGACUACCCUUGAGCGGUAAAGACGUAGAGAAAGCUGUUGUUUUCUACACUACAAGAACGAAAUAAGACAACUCGAGGUUCGUUUUGACUAAAUUUUAUUUUAAACAAUAGAAAAACACCUUCUAUUUAAACUUUUUGUAUAAAGUUUUUAAAGAACCCUUGUCUGUAAUGUCAGCCAUGCCAUUGCCUCAUUUUAAACUAACAGGAACAUUGCAGGAGACGAUUUCCGAUAAAAGAGAGGUUAAGCAAAGACGUUUUUGAGCGACACACGUCAACCAAAAUGGAGCACUUUUCCCUUUUAAUAUGCCUUGAUACUACUAAAUUUGUAUUGGUAGGAGGUUCCUUUACUCUUAAAGAGACGAUUUGCUCGAGAAUGUGGGCAAAACCACUGCCAAAGAAUGUAAAAAGUCCACUUCCAGUUGACGUGCAUCGCACAAAAGCAUCUCUGCUUAAGCUCCCAAAUUUACAAUCACAUGUAAGAUCCUACAACAUUAGAGACUGGGUCUACUAUUACACUACUUAAGUAAUGCAGAGAUAUUAGUAUCAAGCACAUUAUGAAGAGCAGAAGUUAUUUUGUAACAAU